AUGUGUUUCAGUGGUUCCACAAAAUGCAGCCACCUAAAGCAAAUCUUGGGUACGAAAUGGAGGUGGGCACCAGAUAAUCACAUACGUUUGACUGACUCCGGCGAGGUCCUCCGCAAGGCCCGCGACGUACUCGCCGACCCUGGCGUCGCGGCCUGCUUCCCCGACCACCUCGCCGUCGUCCGCAACGACGUGGCCGCCCUCAGGCGCCUCGUCGACGCCGAGUGGGAGAGCCUGCCUCCCUCCGAGCUCGAGCUUGAGGCCGACCGGAUCGCUGGCGCCGGAGUGCUUGACACGUGGGCCAACGCCGACCAGGACAAGCGCAAGAAGCUUCGCCGGCUCGUAGGGGAGUCGACGGCGCGUGAGAUUUUAGGCGAGCUUGGGCAAGAUCCAUCCAAGGCUCCUCGAGCUGAUGAAGCGGCCAAUGCGCCCAGCACAAGCGGUGCGCACGACGAUCAUCAUGCUCAGCGAGAUGAUGAUGCUCAUCUUGGUAGGGAAAAAGGCGAAGCUAGCCAUGCCCAAGAGGAUUGCGCUCGACAUCAACAAGAGCCAGUAGAAAGAACAACGGGUGCUCGAAUUCCUGAAAAGCCGGUAACAAGCGCAGCAAUCAAAGGCAAGGAGCAAGCUACGUCUUCUCAUGUCACCGGACAGGCUGCCCCUGACCGAGACAAGAGCCAUCCAGUAACAGGUCCUAAGCCUAGUCUUAUGGAGAGGAAACCUAGUGCAAUCGUUUAUCAGUGGGAUUCUGGCGACUCCGACUCUGAAAGGCCGCCACAUCAGCGCCGGUUACCGAAUUACGAAAGGAAGAUGAGGCCCCCGCCCGCAGUUCCAUACAAAACAAGAAAGAAAUGGACCGAGAUACAAGAGAGAACCCUGAUCGAAGGGGUUGACAAGUACGGAAGAGGCAACUGGAAGGACAUCAAGAUCGCCUACCCGGGCGUGUUUCAAGACAGAUCGACGGUGGAUAUGAAGGACAAGUUCAGGAACUUGGGGAGGCACUAG